CAGUGUUUACCUUUUUUAUUUGAUCAGCAGGGGGCUAAUUCUUUUAGGCUUGUCAAUCUUGACAGGGCCAUAGAUCUGCAAAAGCCUUUUAGAUUUGCCUCAGUAAUCAUCAUGUGUUAUUCAUUUGACAAUAUUUUAUUAGUUGUAUUAGUAAUAUACAUACAUACAUGUACUGUUUUGUCAUUAUAACAGUACAUUUCCAUUUUAACGGUCACUAUGGCUUUUAUCUGUUCGGGGGUCUGUCAAAUGCUUGGCUCAUGAAAAACUUAUUGUUUUGCUUGAAAUUUUUCUCAGUAUGGUAUAAACAUACUAAUUUAUUCAAUAACAGACUUUUGUAUUUGUAAUUUCUCCAUGGAUACUGUAAAGUUUUGUGGCAUUUGUUGGUACAUUCUAGGCAAAACAUUUCCACCUAGAACCAUAGUGCCUCUUAAGGAAAAAUUUAACUUUUUUGAUGGAUGAGCAUUUGGUGUUCGGGGUGACCGUCUCUACAGAGAUAUGGCAUUAAACAAAUCUAUUUUGAAUUUAUUUAAUUACACAAGUUUUAUUGCUCAAAAAUAAUAUGUAAGGGAGGUUGCAUUUCCACAGAUCUUACCAGUAUCUAGAUCCCUCCACCAGAAAAGCUACAGUGCACCUUUAAAUAAAACAGGCCCUAUAGCCUUCUCAGAAAUUUGUUGCAGUGUUACAAAUUAACGGCACUUUUUCCAUCAUAUUCUAGGCCUACAGACAAUUUUAUGCUGAUCUCCUGUUGUCAGAUCCUGGCCACACUGUUUGCAUGAGACUGCUACACAGACUCUUGGUGGUUUGCAAAUAGGGAGUUGCUAACCAUCAGCUAUUUUCCUAUAAAUCAGUGGUUAGGCUGCGUUGGUUAGCAGCAGCUCAGUCCUUCUCACACUCUGGUCUGGAGUGUGGUUUGUGAGUCUAGAGGUUUGCUGGUCUCAGGCCCCUCACGUCUGUAAGGUAAACGCAGAUGGAAAUGCUGUUUUUGCAUUUGACAGCUCUGUGCUUUGUGUCUGUUACGGUACUCACUUACUGCCAACUGUUAUUUUUUGCAUUUCCCUUCGUGCUGUGGUCAACAUGCUUUGGUUUAAAAGUGUCAGAAAACCACCAGCAAACAAAAUAGAACUUGUGCACAUUUGUCAGUAUAAAGAUGACCCCUAACUUUAUGCCCCUGCAGGAAGGAAGUAAAAUCAUAUGAUCAAAUUUAAAAAAUGCUAAUGUAUUUUCUCAUAGAGCUCCCAGUCACUGAGUCCAUUAUUCAUCCCCUCAACAGUUAAUAGCUUCUGCUUUUUCCCACAGCAGUCCUGGUUUAUUGACUCUCUUAACCACCAUUCACUCACCACAUCACAGCUCUGUUAAGUGCUUUGCACAUGGACACAACAACAGUGUUUUUAAGCUAAAAAUAUGUUAAAAUUUAAUUUUAUCUAGUACUCGUGGACCUAAUCUCUCAUCUCAUUUUGUGGGAUCCCAUUGGUGGGGUGAGAUUUGACCCUUCAAACCAGAGGUGGGAACUUACAAGUCAUGACUUAGACUCAAGUCAGACUUGAGUCGCUAUUUUUAGGACUUGAGACUUGACUUAAUAAAAUGGACUAAGACUUGGACUUGAAGGUCAAUGACUUGGGACUUGACUCGGACUUGAGGCCUGUGACUUGAGAAGACUUGACAAGCACUUUUAAAUCUGAAUUCUUUCUAUUCUGACCGUAAUGACUCACACUAAGAUCUUGUUAAGACAUUUAAAAAGGAAAAAAAAAAUCUACAACACUAAUAUACUCUAUAAAUACUCAUAUAUAACUAUACUAUGAUUUUUUUAGUACAAUUUAUCUUAAAAGUCAUAUAAACUGCAAAAAUCUAAGUACUUUGGUUUAAAGACUUGAACUGACUUGAAGCUCAAAGCAGACGACUUGGACUUAAGGGCCUGUGACUCGAGACUCGACUUGGACUUGCCUGUAUUAGACUUGGGACUUGACUCGGACUUGAGGUCAAGGACUUGAGACUUACUUGAGACUUGCAAAACAACGACUUGGACCCACGUCUGCUUCAAACGUUUGGGUGUAACUAAAACAACUGCUGUAUUGGCUCUUGGUCCAGUCUCUGAGUUUUGGACCAUGCAGAGCCAAAUUCUAACAUGUCCAUUAUCAGUGCGCGCGUAAAUCCACCGUGCCAUGGCUGCCCAAUGGUUUGUGUUUUCUAGAUUAGUAGCAACGCGGGAUUACGUUUCUCAACCGUAGAACCAGAUCCAGUGACGUUACGUAACCGGCUGUGACAUAACCUCCCCGGGCCGCGCAGCCGGGGACGUGCGGCCAGGGCGCACAGGGCAGAGUGGACACAGGGCACAGGGACAGCGCAGAGUGAGCGGGGGUGGGGUGUUGGACUGCCCCGCGAUGGGAAAAUAAUUACAAAACAGGCCUGGAAGCUGCCGCGUGGACUGUGAACAGGAGAAAUGUCGGUACAAGAUUUCAAGUGUCUGCGCCGGCCCGGGCGUUAACGCAUCAGGGCCUAGACGUGGGGUUCAAGUAGAGUUAUGGACUAUGAAAAGCCCCUCCUGCCUCCCGCUGACACCCUGAUCAAGAGAGAAGCGGUUCUGUCCAAGAAGACUCAUCUAACCCAGAUUGAAGUUAUCCCAUGUAAGAUCUGUGGGGAUAAGUCAUCAGGCGUUCAUUAUGGAGUCAUCACGUGUGAAGGCUGCAAGGGUUUCUUCCGGAGGAGCCAGCUGCCGUCAGUGUCGUACUCAUGCUCGCGUCAGAGUAACUGUCUGAUCGACCGCGCCAGCCGUAACCGCUGCCAGCACUGUCGCCUGAAGAAAUGCCUUGCCCAGGGCAUGAGCAGAGAUGCUGUGAAGUUUGGGCGCAUGUCUAAGCGCCAGCGGGACUCUCUCAUAGCUGAGGUGGAGAGACACAGGCAGCAGCAGCAGCAGCUCCAGGGCCAGGCUCAGGCCGCUCUCUCAUAUCCCUCCAAACCACUAGAGGAGCGCUCAUCACAGCACAUACAACCUAUGGCCUCCAUCUACCCCUUCAACGGAGACUACCCCGCGGACAUACACCCCUACCUCAUGUGCUCCCCCUCCGAGCCCACCAUGAUCUACAGAGGGUCCCAGGGCAGCACACACCUGGACUCCAGGGGUUUUGAAUCCAGACAGAGCUCCUAUGACCUGAUGACCAUCUCUCCUUUCAGUCCUCUGGAUGAGUCCUACAGCCUCUAUCCACACUCUCUGAGAAACAUCGAUGAGCUGUGUGUGAGUAUUGCGCGUUCCCACCGUGAAACGAGCCAGUACAGAGUGGAGGAGUUGCAGGCGCUGCGCUGGAAGUUGUUCAGCAAAGAGGAGGUCCAGGCCUAUCAGAGUAAAACAGUGGAUGAGAUGUGGCAGCACUGUGCGAUCAGACUGACAGACGCGGUGCAGUACGUGGUGGAGUUCGCCAAACACAUCCCAGGUUUCCGUAUCCUCAGCCAGAACGAUCAGAUCGCUCUCCUGAAGGCUGGCUCUAUGGAGGUUGUUCUUGUGCGCAUGAGUCGCUUCUUUAACACAGACAACAACACAGUCUACUUUGAUGGAAAAUAUGCAGGAACUGAAGUCUUCAAGUCUCUGGUCUGCGGUGACCUGAUCUCGGCCGUGUUCGAGUUUGCUCAGAGUUUGUGCGCUCUGAAACUCACAGAGCAGCAGAUCGCUCUGUUCAGCGCUUUGGUUCUCAUCAGUGCAGACCGGCCGUGUUUAGAGGACAGACCCAGAGUGCAGCGGGUGCAGAGAGGCGUCGAACUGGGACUGUCUCAUAUUUUACAGCAAGACAACCAGGAGAGUCUAAUGCAGAAGUUGUAUCAGAGGAUGGCGCUGCUUCGUUCCCUCUGCAGCCUGCACACAGAGAAGCUGCGCUGGUUCAGUCAGCGUCACCCGCACACGGCGCACUCCCUGUUCCCUCCACUGUACCGGGAACUCUUCACCUCCGACACAGAGCAGCAGCAACCAAACUCUCUCUAGAAACAGAAGCAGAGAAGAAAUAUAUUUUUCUAAACAUAAAACAGAGAAAUUCACCCAUAGAUUCUAUUUUCUUAUCAGUAGUUUUAGGGUAAUUACGCUAAUUUUUAUGAAUUUAUUUAGACCUAUAUAGGACAACUGUAAUAGGCCUGCACUGUACUCAAGAUUACAUAAAAAGCAAAUUGGAUUUUUCUAACAUUUGAGAAAGUUGCAACAUAUAUAAAUGUCCUCUAUAUUGCUUUGUUUCAGCUGACAUAUAAUAUUUAGAGAUGUGAUGAUUGGCAAGAAAACAAAGUAUUUCAUCAAAAAAUACCUAAGAGGAAAACACAGAAAUGUUAAACCUGUUCAUAAAGCUAUAAUUAAUAACAAAACACAGAAGAUGAACAAUAGUCUAUAGAAUAAUAAUAUGCUAUAACCUGAAAGCCACCUCUAGGCCUAUUUAUAUUGUACACAAGAGCUCAGCCUGCUUCUGUUUUUUUCUUGAUGAAAUGUCAUACAUAUCUUUGCUGUGGUUUUGUGUUAACACAUGUGUUAUGUGCUAUUAUCUUGGUUUCCUUGUCUGAUUCUGACAUUUAGAUACCAGGCGUGUCUCUUCCCUCAAUGUCAUCACUGCAGCCUCCUGUUAUGUAAAAUAUGUCAAGGUAUCUAGGACAAAUUCCAUAAUACAUGAACUUCUCAAAUAAUUAUUUUGCUUGCUUUAAUUUGUAAGUUUUUUGUUAUUGACAGAAGGCUUAAACAUUGAAAUAAAUGUUAUAGCAUUAAUUGAAUUUUGUAGAGACAAGUAUGCCUAUGCAAUAUAAAAUAAAAUAAA